CUUCGCCAUCAAGGGAUAUUAGGCUCCUUGCCUGGAUCAAGAGGUGCUGAUCCAGCAGCAGCCCCUGGUUUCUGCCAAGUGCUUUGGACUUGCUUGGCCAAACCAAAAAGGCCCUAGGAUUCACUUGCAAGAGCACGCGAUCGUGCUGAAGCUACCAGGUAUGCACAGAGUCUGCCUUUUACUUGAUGAAUUCAGUGUCUAGGAAAAGAGAUUAACUAAAUCAGUUAGAUUGUUAAGAAACUCUCCCACUCUCCCUUUUUUCCUUUUACCCCUUUUAAUCGAGCAUAAUUUAUAUUCCUGCUAAAUCCACUGUCAUUACACUCCUUUCUCUUUUCCUCUUCUAAAUUACCAAGCCAGUUUCAAAUCCUUGGUGAUGAAAUGUAUGCAGUGUGUAACUUAAUGGAACAAAAAUUAACCUAUUAUUGGGAUUUGAAAUCUAAUAAUUAAAUGUAAAUGCUUGGAUUCAUUGUCUAGGGAAACAACCUAUAAAUAAGCCAUUUAAUGUCAUACUGGUAUUUUCUUUUGAUCAGACUUCAAUUAGUCAGUGAUGUAGGAUAUCCUGUUUUGGUUGCGUCAUUAUUGCAGCAGGGAGUGUUAGCAUGAAAUCCAGAUCUUGCACUAAUAAAUAACAACUCAUUUUCCAAAGCUUAAGUAGUCUUUUCUGCAGGAACUUGAUUUCAUGGGAUAACUGUUCAACCAACCUUCGUACAUUAUGGUAGGAUAAUCCUGAGACAGAACUGGGAAAAGUAUUAUAUCUCAGUGUUUUAAUGGCAGCAGCAAAAAGAACAAAGAUCAGCUAAAAGGGAAAGCAUUUCCCUUAACAGCACCGUUUUCCAGUGCCCAGGAUGGACUUGGGGUUAGUGAUACCAAGCUUGCUAUGGAAAUGCUGGCCACUGGUUAAAAAUGUGACCUUCCUUCCAGGCUGGCUUUUCUCCCUGUGUGCUGCCUGACUUGGCAGUGGUUGAAGCUUUGAAAAGUAUUUUCCUUUGCUGUAACCUUGAAUCGUUUUCCAUGUGUUCGCAUUCUGUCAGUCGCAUCCAUUAUCCUCAUCAGUUUGUUCGUGAUAAUCCAUUUUCUAAGUAACAUCUGGAAAUGUCUCUUCAGCAAAGUACAGAAUUGGGGUGUUUGUCUUUUUGCCUGCACAGAGAGGACUGAGCAGGUAGGGGAGGAGAAGGGUUUCUGGUAUCCCUGUGCCGGUGGGAUGGGAGUGUGAGUAAUGCAGGGUGGACAGGCCUCUGUACGGGUGCUGUUCCUCCUUGCCCCCAGGUCCUGGGGUGAGAGGGCCAUGGCGUAAUCCUCAUCCACUCCCCUGGGCCUCUCUGGUCAUCGGGUUUCCCAUCCCAUAACACACUUCCCAGUGCUUUGGUGAAUGGACACCUUCUGUUCUCUCCUUGCCCCAGGCUGGCACGCACCCUCUCUCAUUCACAGCUUUCUUUUUCUUCCUCUAAGAAGAGACAUUCAUCCUAUCCUAACCUCUUUCUGCUCCCCCAGGUGCCACCAUUACUCCUUAUCACCAAACCCACUGCAGCCCCAGACCACAUGCCUGACCUGAAGCUCGUGUAGGCUCUUGUGGUUUUGUUGGGACCUGUUCCUCUUGCUCUCCAGAGCUCACACCCUCAUCAGCCACCCUUCUGUUGGAUCCCCUGGCAGGUCAAGUCGAGCCUCUACCUGAUUCUUCUAGAAGGAAAUCUGCUCUGCUAACACAAGGAUGUGAAAGACGUAGCAAAACUACCAGCAGAGAGCAAACAACCUGUUAAGGCAAAGUCUGAUAUUAGAUAAAGCUUCUAGAGGAAAAACAUGAAGCUCCAGUGCGUGAUCCUGGCCACUCUGCUCCUCCUGCUGCCAGCAGGCCGUGGUGGCAUGCCUGAGAGCUCCGCCAUUGACCUGCGCACCUUCAUCGGCUGUGCCGUGCGUGAGUUCACCUUCCUGGCCAAGAAGCCCGGCUGCAAGGCACUGCGGAUCACAACAGAUGCUUGCUGGGGACGCUGCGAGACCUGGGAGAGGCCAAUUCUGGAACCUCCUUACAUCGAGUCUUACCACCGCGUGUGCACCUACAAUGAGACCAAGCUGGUGACGGUGAUGCUGCCGAAGUGUGCCCCGGGCGUGGAUCCCUUCUACACAUACCCCGUGGCCAUCCGCUGCGACUGCGACAUCUGCUCCACUGCCACCACCGAGUGUGAGACUGCCUGAGCUCUCCUUCCCCAGGUCAGGUGAGGGAGGGUCAGAUUCUUCCCUGGCUCUACACCCCUGGUAUCUCCAGGCUUACAGAGGGUGUGAGUCAGUCCAGAAUUUGAUCUUAGCAUCUAAUGCUCCUAAUCAUUGAUUUUCAUAGGCAGAUGAGGCUUAAUCCCUUCUCCCCGUGCUGUUUAAAGCACUAUACCUGUAGAAAUGUAGUGCGCAGCCUUACAAUAGCAAAUCCUAUGGAAAAGAAAAAAAGGAUGCUGUUUCCCUUCUUCACAGGCUUUUCACAGUAUGUGACCUUGCUUCACGUACAAAAUGCACAUGGACUAAACAGUCACAGAGCAGUUGGAAACAGGCCAUGAAGGCAUUACAGCUGGUGGAACAGCCUCUAUUCAUUUCAGGGUUUAGCGCCUUCCCAGCAAUGUAAAUGUAAUUACCAGCAUAUCCCCUUCUCUCCCCUGUUCUUCUUACACUGAAGUCUGUCAGGAAUAACUGUCAAAGAAAAGGCCGUCAGGCCAAUUAAAUGGAAAUGGGUAUCCAAAUCACCACCUUGAACUUGGGUGAAUGCAUCCUUAGCCCUGACUCAGCAAAGUACUUAAGCUCAUGAUUAAGUGCUUUGCUUAAUAUCAAGGGACUUAAGCACGUGUUUCAGUAAUUUGCUUAAUUGGAGCUAUUCUGUUGAAAAAAAUCUUGCCUCACAAGGGACAACUCUUUAAAAAAAAAAUGGAAAGAAGCACAUUAAAUCUGUAAAAACACAAAGAUGCAUUUCUUCCCAUCCUGCUUUUUCCAGGAUUGUCCUGGAGCAGAACUGACCUCAUGUAAAAUCAGAGAGGCUCUGCACAGCCCAAGGCACCUCCCUUGACAAUUUCCAGAGUUAGAGGGACCAAGCCAAAACACGUUGAUGAUGGUUUGGUUUCAGUGAGCCCUGGCUGAGGUGAUGGGAAGGAGGGGGCCAUGAAGGGUGUUCCCACACUUCUCUGCACUGCUGAGCUCCUUGGAGACCUGCUCCUCAAGAAGGAGGUGCACACAGAGCCGGAGGGCAGCCAGAAGUGCUCACAGGAGAGCUGUGGAGUUGUCUGAUACCCAAUAGCAUGGCCACCAAGGGUGGGAUAGGCCCAGGACCAGGAAGACAGCAGACGUGUCAAAGGUUGGUUCACACCUCUUCAGACCCACUAUUUACAAACUAGGGGACAUAUGGGAGCUGCUGCAGCAGCCCCCCCCGGUGACCACGGCUCUGUAAGUGCCUCUGUCCUCUGGUUCCCACCUGGAGAAGGACAGAUGCACGUUUGUCUCUCAUUUCUCCCCUGAACAAAAUGGGAAAAGAUGUAAAAGCAUGAAGAUUUUGGCAAGUGUGAGGGGCUCACAGGAGUUUACAAAACAAAAAUAUGACUUCUCAGCCAUUAGGAGAGAAUUGCUGCUGAGAGAAAUAUCAGCACCUGACUUCCUCUCUGAUUGUCUUCUGGAUGCAGUUGCCUUCAUUUCCAGGGUUGCAUGCCUGAAACUUCCCCAGGUGUCCUGUCCUCACUAAGACAGAUUAUUUUUUUCUUUUUAAUUUAACCUGUAAUUUAUUAGUUGCUGUUAUGUUUUGUCUGGAAUUGUGAAAGAUGCGCUCUGGCUGAGUAGGAAGGAGGUAAUUUUAUCAUCUGCCCUCAGUAAUUCUGAAUAUAGACUGCUAUAUCAAACAGCAGCAGGAGCGGUUUUCUGGUGAUGGUGAGUUUAACUGCCUUAAGAAGUCCUUGUGUUUUCUUUCAAAUUACAUCUCUCCAAUCUUGUUAUUGUUCUUACCAGCAUAACAACUCCUAUGGGAAACCUACAAAAUAUUUUGUGUCCUUAAUAAACCCCCAAACUGUAGUAUGAACGCAAUUUAAAGCAACGUGUCCUUCUUUAUUUAUGCAUAGAGGUUUCUCAUAUAGAACAUGUGUAAGCUCCUAUAAACUCUUUGCCAGAGUUGUGAACACCUGCAAAACAUCUCC